CCUUCCUGGCAACACCGUCUUCGAGCAACAUUGAAAUCUGUCAAAACUCAAGGAUUUGUGCGAAAGUCGAAGUGAUGAUGUGUAAUUUUGUGUUCGUUAGACUGAUGUUGCUAAAAAAAUAGUGAAUAUUCAGUGUGUAAGUGAAUAUGUUGGUAGUGUUGUGAUAGGAAGAGUUUGGCAAGGAAGUUACUAAAGAUAACAAUUACAAAAUGUCUGGACAAGAUCCGGGCGGAGGCCCACCUUCGGUGGGAGAUCCUGGCACAUCGUCCGGGAGAGUGACGCCCGAUUUGAGCAGCCUGCAGGAGAGUUUUAGCCAGCAGCAGGCAAAAAUCACAGCCCUGCGGGAACUGGUCCGCCAGACCGAGUCCGCCCAGGGCAAGAAAACGGCAUCGGCUCAGGAGAAGGUGAAAAAUAUUGCUCAGCGGUUGACGCAGUACAAAACCAAAGCGACCAAGUCGCGGCUAAGUCGAGCGUCGAGCUCGGAAGUGCAGAUGGAUUUGAUGGGAACUCGAAUCAACGAAGAGGACAGCAGCUUUGAUGUAUCCCAGAAAGAUUACGAAGAGCAGCAGCAUAUGUCGCUACCGGUUUUCCCGAUGACGGGUACGCGCGGUCGUUCCGAGACUCCUGGGAGUGAGAAAAUCACACUCCUACGGCAACAGAUGGAACAGAAUCGGCUGAAGAUGGCCGAGCGCGAAAGCCACAAGCGUGAAAUGGAAGAAAGGGUUAGCGAGUUGAAGCAUAAACUGGAGAGCACUCAGCAAACACUCGAGCGGUCGGUGGAAUUCGGACGUUCCACAGGUGAUUUAACGCUGCUGACCCCGAUGAAGAUGGGACGCUUUGAGUUUAACAAAUCCACUUCCGAUUUGACCCAGCUGGCCGGUAGUGGCUAUGGAGUUAGCUCUAAUUUCGACGUUGAACGGCUGAAGUAUUUAGAGGGCAGAGUAAAAGUUCUCGAACAACAACUGGCCGAUCAAGAGAACAUUCCGAUGAAAGAUGAGCAUUCGAAAGAUUUGGAGAGAAAGAUUUUAGAUUUGGAAGAAGCUCUGAAAGAGAAAGAAUGCAUCAUCGAAGCCCGGACGCAAGCCGUUUCGCUGAUGUCGGAAAAUUUGUCCCUAAAGGGAAAAAAUACUGUAGAUCUGCUGGAAGACACCAAGCAGGAAAUGUAUCGAAUGCAGUCUAACUUUGUUCAAGCCGAAUCCACUUUGAAAGCAGAGCUGACCCGCGUUCAGCUUGAGCUAGAUGAGAGAAACAGUAAAAUUUCCAACCUAGAGGAAAUGAAUAACAUUUUGGAAACUGCUCGGUAUGAUUUGACAGUUGAAAAUUCCACCCUUAAGCAGAAGCUAGAAGACGUGCAGGACUUCAGCACAAAAAUCAGUGAAUUGAAUAAACUAAACCAAAGCCUGCAGCACCGAAUUGUCGAGUUGGAAAGCCAGAAGUAUGAGUUCAUUACCGACGCUGAAGUGGAACAAGCUAGAUUCGGCGAAACGGACGAAAAGUAUCGCGAACUGCUCGAUCGUAUUCAGGAGUUGGAGGAAGAACUAGCCAAAAAAGUGGCCCCGGAAGAGGAUCUGUUGGAGAAGAUUCGCUCGCUGGAAGCGACAAUCGAAGCGCAAGCGCAGCAAAUCGAAUCCUUCACACAGCAGCAGAGUGAACUACAAGAAAGCCUUCAAGAAAAAACCGUCGAACUUAACGUGCUCAAUGCUAACUUCUCCGUUCUCCAGGAAAAACUCAAAACCGCCGGUCCCAAGCCCCUCUUCCCAAAAACAGCCGAAGAGGAAGCCGAAGUCGAAGUCACCAAAUUGAAGCAGCAACUGGACGAAGCCAACAAAGCCUCCAUCAAGUCGAAACUUAAAAUCAAACAACUUCAAAAGCAGGUCGAUUCGUUCAAGAAGACUUCCAACGUCCACGAAGAGGUUGUCCGGCUUACUGAUGAACUACAAACGCUUACCCAGCGCUUGGCUGAAGUUGAAGAGGAGAAAGGUAACCUCCAGCUGCAUCUUGUUAACUAUGAUGGAUCGCUACCGGAUUCUGAACUAGAGAAGCGAAUCAAAAUCUUGGAAACAACGUGUCAAAAUCAAACCACCGCCAUUCAGCUGCUGGAAGAGCAAAAACUGGACAUGACCGAAGAUCUCAAUACUACUCGACAGCAGCUGGCUACUAUACAUGACCAGGUUAAGGGCGAGGAACAGUCCGGACGUAUAUCCUGCCAGAUGUCGUCGAUCGAUCUGGAGGAAAAACUUGAACGGUGUGUGGACGAUCGGGACCAGCUGGCCAAUCAAUUGCAUCGACUGGAGCAAGAAAAGCAAGAGCUGCAGCAAAAGCUCGAUCGCUACAUGGUAGAAAACAUCGAACUGUUAGAUAAAAUCGAAAAACUUAGCCUGGAGAAGGUUAGUUCGGCCGAAUCGAUCGAGAUUGUGGAAGGGUUGACACCGAAGGAAAAGCAGGAGAUCGAAUGCUACGAAGCAGCGGUGGCGGCAGGUGGCGGACGGCCGGAUGAACGAACCGUGUCGGAAAAGGACGACGACGGGUCGGAUGAAACGGAUAAAUCCCACCAGCGUGUUGAAGUCAGUGGUGACCAGCAGAUGAGCAGAAGCGACGACGAUCAGCCUGUGGAUGACGAGGAAGAUUUGAACUCCAGUUUGGUAAAGCUGCGGGAGGAAAGUUCGGAACUGAUGCAUCGCAUUGAACUGUUCACCAACGAACGGCGCGAGGUGCUUGGCAAGCUGGAAGCAGUUACAAUCGAGAAUCAAGCUCACCUGGAGGAAUUGGAGGCGUUGCGUCGAGAGCACUGUCAGCUGAAGGAUCGGUUGGUUGAGCUGGAGAGUGAGAAAACCAUCCUGGGCGAGGAAUUAGAUGGUUUGAAGCGCUUAUGCGCUUCCAAGCCUCCAGAGGAGGAAACUAGUGAGGCUAGUUCCAGCCAGAGCACGCCGGUUAGAGCGGCAGCAGCAGCAGCAGUAACGGUCGAUCGAGAAUCCUACGAGCAAGCGCUACGUUCGGUGGACAAUGAGGUGACAAAUUUCAACAAAAACAGGGACAAACAUAAGAAAAUGCAAAUUUCGAAAAAACUUGCCACAGAUGCGAAGAAUCUGCAGAAGGUGGCCGCCAGUUUACUGGAGGAGUACUGCCGAAGUGUGGAGGAGUGCGAAGCGAUGAAGGGCGAAAUCGAGCUGAUGAAGGCGAAAGUUAGCGCUCUGCCGGUGGUGAAUGAGAAUGAGGUGGCUGCACUGAAGUUGCAAAUUUUGGACAUUACCAGCGCGCAUAUUGAGAAGAUCGAUCUAAUCGAUCAACUGCGGCAGGAGAUUGAGCGGAAGAAUGAAGAGAUAGCCGAACUGAAGCAGCAUGCGAUGGAAGCGGAAAAAUCCUCGGAUGAAGAGCCGGAACUGUUGAAGAUUGAGCUGAACAGUAAAAUAGAUGAGAUUCGAGAGCUGAAAAAAGAGCUGGAAACGAUGGCUAGUAAAACGGGAGCGGAAGUGGAAGAGUUGAAGUUGAUGAUUGUGUCGGCUAAUAAGGAGUCGGCGAUUUUGAGGGAGUUGGUGGCGGAGCAGAAGCAGCAGCUAAUUGAUUCGUACCAAGAGAAUGAGAAGCAGUUAGCUGACAAGUUAGAAGAGAUUCAACACUUUGAAGCUCGACUAGAGCAGAGCCAGCUGCAGGUGAACAAUCAGACGGAAGAGAUUGCCGCUAAGCAAGAGACGAUCGACACGUUGAACAAUCAGAUCAUUGAAUUGUACAGAUCGAUGGAGGAGAAUGCGAAUAAAAUCAUCGAAAAGGAAGAUGAGGUCCAAUAUUUACAGGACCUGUUGGAUGCCAAGAAGGAUGAAGUUCACAUGCUGGAGGACAAAAUAAUCGAUAAAGAUAACUCGCUGAAAAAGAUGGAACAGCUGCUGGCGGAAGUGAGGGCACAGCAACCCGUCGUAGACGAAGCUCGCGUACGCGAGCUCGAAACGCAAAACCAACAGUUGGAUGUGAAAAAUAAGGAACUAAUGGAUAAGUUGAAAAAAUUCGCUGCCAAUCUGAAAAAGAAAAACGCCCAAUGUCAGCAGUUGGAAGAGAAGUUGACUGCUAAUGAACAGCAGGUAGAAGAAAUGCGCAGUGCAUCGGUCGCUUCAGCGGCUUCUUGUGAGGAGGAAUUACGAGCGGAAAAUGAAAAACUAGCUCAGAAAAUGCAUCAUUUGAAUAACGAGCUGCACAAGCUGCUUCAGCAGAAAUACAGUUUGGAGUCGGAGAAGCAAGCGAUUCAGCAUGAGCUUGUUGAGCUACAGGAACGGCUUCGGGUGUCGGAAACGAAGGCGCAAGAGGCGGAGCAGAAACUUGCUCAGGUUGGUCAAGAGCUGAUCGAUCGACAGGUGGAGUUCUGUGCGUUGCAGGAAGAUGCUUCUUCGAAGCAUGUGAAGAUCGAAAAGUGUAAAGCUAUUAUUAAGGAGAAAAAUAAAGAAAUACAGCGGCUACAAGAGUACGAACGCAAGACGGCCUAUCUAGAGGAUGAGCUGCGCAUGUCUCAGUGUAAGCUGGAGGAUUUCCACAACCAGACGCUGCUUUUGGGUAAGCUGAAGGCCGACAAGGAAGAGAUGAAUGGCGCUUUGAAGACGGAAGCUGAUCGAGUGCGAGAGUUAGAACAGGAGCUGUCACGAGCUAGCGAGCGUGUUCGAAAGUUAGAAGUUGAUCUGGAGCUGGCUGAUGAGGAGAGUAGAAAACUGAAGAGUCAGAUAGUUCGCCUGGAGGAAGGAUUGUCGCUGGUGGAGCAAAGACGAAACUCGUUGGAGCGUCAGAAAAAGCUGCUGGGUGAAGAGUUGUCCGAAAAAUCGCAGGAAUUUAGCCAGCAUGAGGAUGAGUUAAUGCAGAGACUGGCCAAUCUUUCGCAGCAUGACGAAGCUGUAGAGACGAAGUUGCGGGAGAAAGAGGAAGAGUUGUGUGAGCUUAGCGGGAGGUUGAAGGACGCCGAACAUAAGCGAGAUCAAUUGGGAGAACAGGUAGAGCAACUGGGAAGGCAGGUUGGAGCGCAAGAGGAAGCCUAUCGACGCGCUACCGAUUUGGAAAAUGACAAUUAUAACCUCAAUCAAGAAAUAACAGCGCUUCAAGCUGAGUUAAAGCGAGCGCUAACCGAUGCGGAGGCGAAGGUGGCCGAAAAGGACACCGAGAUCGAUCAGUUAGAGGUGGAGUUGACUAAUCAGCUGGCGCGAAUCGAAAACGAGCGCAAACAGUUGCAGGAAAAUCUGGAGCGAUCGAACGAUCGUAACGCCGACCUGCAGGAUGAGAUUGUACGGCUUCAAGAGAGUGUCAAUUCCUUGGAUCAAUGCCGGUCCGACCUGGAGAAGGAGGUAACCUGGUUGAAGAUGCAAAACGAAAGUCACCAACAGGAUAGUGCUGAACUGCAAGAGCUUCGAAUGCAAAUCGUACAGGAUCAGACGGAGUUGGAGAAUUUACGAGCGCAAAGCGAGAGUAUGGCGCAAAAUCAUCAGUGUGAAAUCAAUGCUUUGCGGCAGCAGAUUGCCGACAUGGAAGCGAUUCGAACGCAGCUAAGUCAAAAUCAGACCGACGAUCAAGUGUUUGUGCAGAAUGAAAUCAUUAAAUUGAAGGAUUUGCUCGAGCAAAAGGAGGAAGCUAUUGCAGCUUUGCAGAUGCAGAACUCGCGUCUGGAGAUGCUUACUAGUGCGGUUAAUAAUCCGUUCUCCAGUUUGCACCAGCAAUCGUUGGAAGCAGGAUCGACCACGACGACUGCUGCUCUGGAAGAAAAGAUUCGAGAGUUGGAAAAUGAUGCGCUCUGGAAGGACUCCCGAAUACAGGAGCUUACAAUCGAGAAAGAUCUAGCGGAAGGAAGCAUGGAUGAGCUGCGGAAGCAGCUACAGCUGCUUCAUCAGAGGAUAGAGCGAGACGAAGCCGCGGAAGCUCAACUGGUCGCAAAGGGUUCCCAACUGGAGGCGAUGAGUAAGCAGCUAUUCCAGACGGUAACUCCUGCCAAACAGCAGCCACCGGCAGUGGUUUCCACGUCGCAAUUUUUCUCCUCCCCUGUAGAAUCAAGUGCCGCCUCGUUGUUCGAUUCAGUUGCAGAAAAUUGGGGCUGGAACGAGCCGGUUGCUCCGGCGGUUACUAGCUCGGGAGAGACCGAAACGCAAAAGCUUUUGGAUGAAAUCGCCCAACUGAAGCAGCAGAACGAAGCAGCGCGCAGUGAAAUCCAACAGCUGCAGACGCAAAUUAGUGCAUUUAUUAGUCGCGAUGACGAAUUCCACCAGCUCCGGGACGAACUUGAUAUCGUGCGGGCGCAGAACUCCUCGCUCAGUUAUGAGCUGGAAGAGAAGACUUCCAGAAUCCAUGCCAUUUGCGAGCAGUUACAAGAUGAACAGAACAAAUUGCACGCGCUCGAAGAGCAGGCGAAGCCGCAAGAAAGUCCCGCUGCCGUAUCCUCGGCAGCAUCCUUCUUCACCGACUCUGGGGCUCAGGUGCCGGUAUUCGAAGAACUCGUCAUUCCGAAAAAGACGUACCUUUGCACACCAAGUCACUCCGAAGAUCGUGGUGAUUGGGCGCCGGAAGAACCGCUACUUCUAGCUGCAACCUCAUCCGCGCAGCAGGCCGUUCCGACGGUAGAUUCGCCCCGUGACUUGCGCCAGAAGACACAGAUACAACAACUGAUGGCUCAAAUAAAUGAGCUACAGCAGCAGCUUAAUGAGGCUCAUCAGCAAAAGGAAUCAGCGGAAAAGGCCCUGGAAAUUCUGCGCGCUCAGCAGCAGCAACAGCUGGACACUAUUCUAGCGGAGAAGCAAUCCGAACUUGACCAGCACCGUCACCAGAGUCAGCAGGAGCACAAGCAGCUAAAAGAAGAACUCAAUCGUCUUCAGCAGGAUCGGGAUGUCUAUCUGCAGCUGCAGGACGAGCUGGAAAUAGUGAAAGCUAACAACGCCUCCCUGUUGGAUGAAGUUCGCGAAAAAUCCGAAAAGAUCACACGCAUUUGCCACACCCUAACGGAAGCCCAGACUCGAAUAGGCACCCUAGAGGAGCAACUAGCGGAGCGGGAGCUACCGGUCACAGCGGCCAGUUUGUUUGGCUCCCACCAGACCUUCGAGGAAAUCAUUCAGCCGAAGAAAGCCUACCAUGUGCAGCCGGCAGCUUCAGUCGAGCUAGCCGAGGACGAUUGCUGGGGCGCGGCGGAAGCCAUGCUUGAAGCCCGCCAUCAGCAGGCCACCGAGAAGGACGACUAUAUUCGCCAGUUGGAACUGGAGCGGGAGCGUUUGCAGCAGGAGAUCGUCGAGCUGAAGGUUAGGUCGGGCAAGCUGCUGAAGAAGCUGAAAGAGUACAAGGUUCGCUGCGAGAGCUUGGAACGACGGUCCACGUCGGUUGAGACGAGCGAGUUAGAUUUGGCUAUCCAGGAUGAGUUGAAUGGACAGAUCCGAACGCUGGAAGGUAAGGUGGGUGAGCUUCAGAGCGAACGUGAGAAGAGUGUGGCUGAGAAGGAGUCGUUACUGAAAAGGGUAGAUGUUUUGACAGCUGCCAACGAGCGUUUUACGGAGAUGAAGGAACGUCAAGAUGUGCAGAUCGAAAUGCAGCACGCUAAGAUUAAGGAGUUGAAUGCCAAACUACAGCAGCUGGAAGAUUGGAGUGAAAACAGUGAGCAGGAGAGCAAGCCUGCUGGGGAGAGUGUCGGGGAAGAUGUGAGUCACUUAAGCAGUAGAGUAGAAGAACUUAUAAGGGAGGUCCAGGAUUUGAAGGUUGAUAACGAAGAAUUGCAAGCGCUGCUGGAGGAGGAAAAAGCAAACGUUGCCAUACUGGAGAAGCGUGUCCAGCAGAAGGACGGGGAAAUUCAGCUGCUGAUGGAGCAAAUAGACGCCCUCUCGCAGGACUCGCGCACCAUCAAAUCGAAUCUGGAGAGCUUGAGCCAGCAAAAGUCGCAAGAAACCAUCGAUCACGGGCAGAGGUUGAAUGAUUUGAUGAGCAAAAACACCGAACUGACGCAUCAGAUCGAAAAAAUGCGCAACGAAAGUCUGUUCCAUUCAUCCGAGCAGGAACGCAAGCUACAGGAGCAAGUGCAGCAGUUGAGUGCGCAGUUGCAAUAUAAAGAGGCGGAAAUCGUGCACCUAAACGAGCGGAUCGAGCAGCAAGCACGAGAGGAUCAAACCGAAUCGCUUGUCCAGGAGAUUCUUACCAAAAAUCAAGAAAUUUCCACCCUUAAAUCACGCAUCGCGCAGUUGGGAACUGAUCGGCAAGAACUAGAGCAUAACCUGACCCGUCAGAUAACAAGGGAACUGGCGGCUACGCGACCGGAAGACAAAGGCACCAACCCUCGUCUGGUCGAACUUGAACAAGCCAAUCGAGAGCUGCUGGAGGAAAAGCACCAAAUGGAGCAGGAACUCGAGGUGUUGAAUGAUCAGGUACUCCGCAGCCUAGAGCUGGAGGAUCGCAUGAAGGGAACCGUUCUCGAGCUUGACGCCAAGAACAUCGAGAUCACAGCACUCAAAUCCUCGCUGGAUCAGUUGAAACAAGCACAACUCGGUCCAAAGUCUGACGAAGAGGAUCUUCGUCAACGGAUCGAGUCAUUAAGCAAGGAACGAUCCGAUCUGGAAGCUAACUAUCGAAUCACCCUCGAACAGCGGGACGCCCACUGGGCUCAAGUGGUGGAGGAACGUGGCGCACAGGUCGCGGAAAGUUGGAAACAGCAUGUCGACAUGCGCGAAACUGAAUUUUCGAUUGUUGAAAAAAGCCUCCGCGAGGAGAUCGAUCGAUUGCAAGCGGAGCUUGACGCGCCUUCUCGUGUAGCGGACGACGACGACGGCGGAGAGACUGCCGUUGAUUCGGCGGCCGUUCAGCAGAUGAAGCAAGCGCUCGAAAAUCAAGAGCUUGAAAUUGUUACACUGAAGGAGCAGCUGGCGAUCCGCAGUGCGGAAUAUGCGCGACUUGCAGCCCAGGUCGAUCCUUUCGCAGUGAAGCAUGCCAGUAAUAUGGUUACCACUGAACCUCUUCGAUCUCAACCGACUGACAACGACAAAGUUCCUCGAUCCGAGCUGGAGCUGGCACUCUACGUGAUCUACCAGCGGGACAUGCGCUGCGACGAGCUCGAACUCGAGCUGCGAAAUCUGCUGGAGGAACGUGACGCCCUGCAGCUGCGUUUGUCCAACGCACUCCGGCAGCAGGAGGAGUUCAAACGGAAGCUCACCACACAACCGGAAGAAGCAUCCGGAGACUCUAGUGACGUUUCCAAGACGACCACCCCGGAGAAGUCACUGCAGCAGAUCGUGCAGGAAUCGGGUAUCAGUGCCGUCGCCGGAUCCGAGGCGUCCGUGCUGACCAACAAACUGUCGGAGUUGGCUUCCAUUGGGCAUGCCAAGGAUAAACGGCUGCAGGAGGAGCGCGAGCAGCGCAACCGCCAGCUGACGCUAAUCCAGCGGGAUUUGGCCAACAUGCCGCUGGAGGCGGCCGCCAAAAUUGUCGGUACCAGUAUCACUCAAACCGAAUCGUCAUCCCAGCAGCAACAGAGCGCCUCAUCCGUGCUGAUCAACUGGAUCCUCGGUAAGAAAUCCGACACCUAACCGGGGUCGGAUUUCGUACCAACAGCAACACACUGUGUUAUUUGAAAGCUUUUAUCAUAUGUGAACAACACCCGCGUGCGUAGUAGCAAUCCAAGCCGGGCGGGAUACCAUUUUAGCAAGCAAAUCACAAAAAAAACCAACACUAUUACACUUCACCACCAGAGCGAUCGAUCGACCGACCGACCCCUGUUUCCUAUAGUUUUCUGUUGGUGACUUUUUUUUCCUCUGCGGUAAGAAUUUCACACUGACAGCCGGGCUGCCCGAGGACGUGAAACUGAAUUUAGAAAAAAAUCCAAAAAACGACUAUCACACUCGCCCCGAUCCUCGAUCGGGGUCAUUCGAUGAGGAUCGGCGUUUGCUGAGUUUUGCUCAUUUUUCCACUACAAACCCCAGGGCGGCCCACCAAAGGGAUGUGUUAGUUAGUCUAAGUUUGGUCAAUACCGUACGUACUGUUUCUAAACUCUCUCUCUUCCUGUUUAGUUCAAAGCAAAAACAAAGAAAGAAGUUGAGUUUAUGUACAUAGCGCCACAUCUGUUUUUUUCCUCGUGGUUUUUGUUCAAAUAUUUUUAUGAUUUGUCUAACAACAGAGUGUAAUAUAUUAGUUUUCGUUGGUAACAGUAAUAAAACAAAGUGUACCUAUAUUAUAACAAACUGA